UUACUUUUGGAGUUAAAUAUUUUAACUCUUUUCAUGUGAAUUUGUUAUUUUUUUAUUUUCUAUUUUUUAAAAAUCUUCACUAACUAAUGAAUUAUAAAAGUAAAUUAUUUAGGUAAAUUUGUAUUUGUUUGGAGUAAACAUUAACAGCUGAGAGAAAGAGUGUAUAAUCGCAAUGUCCACGCGAUAUAUGAAAAAAGUUUAUGGUUCAAAUGUAUUUCCAAAAACAAAUGAUUUUGAUGAUACAAGUGAUAAUGAAGAAACAACAAUUCGAGACGUUAAACAAAAAAAAUUCAACACAUUCACUUUGUUAAAUAAUUCAUCUGAAGACGAAAAACAAGACAUUACAGACGAUAAUGAUGUAGUAAGUCAAGAAGAGGAAGAAAAUAUUGAAAAAGGACAAAAAGAAGAAAUAAAACGUAAAAAAAAGAAACGUCAACGCAAAAAUCGUAAUCAAAAUGCCUCGCAAAAUGUUGGUGCAACAAAAAUUGAUUCAGAAGAUGAGAUCGAAAGAACAGUGCGUGAAGUUAAUAAACUACUUGGUGAACCAACUCCUAGUACAAGCCAAGUAGUCAUUGAAGACUCAACAUCGAUUGUUCUUAAAUCUAAAGAAGAAGUUCUGUCAGUGCAUCAUAAACAUUUAAAUCCAAUCAAUGAACUCAAAAGGAUAUUUGGAAGUAAAACAGUUCAAGCCGAAGAAAACAAACAAAGGGGUAAAAGACGAACGGGUCAUUUAAAAAAAACAUGGUUGGUUUCGCCAAAAGACAGUUGGUUGCCUUUCGCCAAAACAGGCCUUUCCAUGAUGUUAGAUACUUCAAUGGCAUCGCAAGGUGGUAUUCAAUAUUUUAUGUACGAACACGGACCAUCAUAUCGACAAGCUCAAAUGAAAUUUAUUCAAGCCGUUGAAAGUUCGGAUCACGAAAACAUCAUUUCGAUGGUAAAUCAACAUCCGUGCCAUGUUGAUGCGCUUAUUCAAUUAUCCGAGCUUUGCAAGCUAAGUGAGGAUCUAGCAACAGCUGCAGCACUAAUUGAACGAGCUUUAUACACCCUCGAAUAUGCCUUUCAUCCCCUCUUUAAUUUAACGACAGCAAAUCAUCGAUUAGAUUACAGGAAACAACAAAAUCGAUCCUUUUAUGUUGUUCUCUUCAAGCAUCUCACGUUCGUUGGCGGCAGAGCUUGUUACAGGACUAGUUUAGAACUUUCUAAGUUCCUCCUGUCGCUAGAUCCAGUAGAUGAUCCACUUGCUGUUGUUUUAAUGAUUGAUUUCUACGCCCUAAGAGCAAGAGAAUAUGAAUGGUUCAUUAAAUUCUGCAAUUUAUGGGAAAGCACGAGAAAUUUGACUCAGUUGCCAAAUAUCGCUUAUAGUUUAGCUCUCGCUCAUUUUCGUUUAGGAGAGCAAGAAACUGCGAAUGAACUUCUUCAAAAUGCUCUCCUUAUGUUUCCAGGCGUUUUGAUGUCUCUGCUAGAUAAAUGCAGCGUUCAAACGGAUUCGAGGGUUCAAGGACAUGAUUAUUUUAAUAGUAAAGCUGCCAAUACUACUUCACCAUCUUUAGAAAAAUUGCAGGAUUUAUUUGUAAAUCGUUCUUAUCAUGUGUGGAAAGAAGCCGAGGUUCUUCCUUGGCUUGAAAAACAAGUAAACAUUGUUUUAGACAGAGUGGAUUCUAAAGAUGAGGCUGUGAAAUUUUACCAAAAUAAACGUAUCAAAAGAUAUCAAGGGAAAUUACCGAGAAAUAUAUUGAGACACAUUAUUCUCUCGGAUUUGAAAGGUGUAACCAUCGCGGUUUCAGAAACUCAACAAGCUCCAAGUAAUGGACCAAUUUUAUCCUACGAUCCUUUACCCCCUCUGGAAACAAUUGAUAUUUAUUCUAAUCCCAGAGCUUCAAGGAGAAUAAAUGAGGCUUCAAAUGUUUUAUCUUUAUUUUUUACCUCUUUGUUUAGAGACGUGGGAGGUAACACGCCAGAUUUUAAUGGCUUUUUGGUUGGAGAUAAUCCUGAGGAAAAUGCCUAAAAUAAUGUCACCAGCUUAAUUGGAAAGAAUAAUUUAAAUAUGUUUCUAAUGCAGUUGAGAUCUUGAUGAAGUUUAUAGAUAUAAUAAUUAUUGUAAAUAUGCUUGAUGCUCUUUGAAAGAAUAUUAUUGAAUAUGUAUUCGAAUCUGUCGAGCUUGAUGCUCUUUGAAAGAAUAUCAUUGAAUAUGUAUUCGAAUUCGUCGAUGUGAAAAAUGUAUUAUUUUAAUUUGCAAAGGCAAGGAAUUCGAGAUUGUAAUAUAACAGUUUUAAUAAAUGUAA